AUGGCUCCUGUUGCCAAGGAAUUCGACAAGAUCAUCAAAGAUGGCCGCGAGCGCAAGAAGAAUGAAGCCCUCGCCAGCAGAAUCUUCUCCAAGGGUCGUCGCCAGAGCGCGCCGUCCAAGCUCAAGGCUGCCACGGGACCAUCCCUCGCAAGUCGCGUAGGCGUUCGCAAGAUUCCACAACGCGCCAUCACCUCGGGCCGUCGAGCCAGCGUUCCCGUCGGCAACGUCAAUGGCGACUGGACGCACGAUCUACACCACACAGUCCGCGGCGGCGGCGGGGCUUCCACAUCCCUCGGCGCGCGUGUGACGCUUCCAGGCAGCGGCCAGAGCACGUCCAAGCGAGCGAUGGCGCGCAGGGCUGCUGCGGCCGCCGACGCUAUGGACGUGGACAUUGACACGACCAGCGUCAAGGGCCGGGGCAAGGGCAAGGCUGCUGCGGCGCGCAGCCAGGUCAAUGUACGGGGAGGUGGUGCGGCACCGCAACAGCAGCAGGGUAUUUCGAUUCGCGGCCUGGCGGGCCCGUUUGCCGUCAUGGGGCAAAACUUUGCGCCGGGCACGACGCCGGCGGAUGUCGAGAGCGCCAUGACGCCGAUUGGCGGCGAAAUGGUCCGCUGCGAGCUCGUCAAGACGCAGCCGUUCCUUAUGAUGGAGAUGGUGUUCGCGUCGAGAGAGGGCGCGGAGCGUGUCAUUGAUACCUUCAACGACAAGACGGCGGACGGCCGCAUUCUCAAAGUAUACCCCAAGGUUGGCGGACAGAAACGACCCGGCGUUCAGCUGUUACUCGCUCAGUAUGGCUGGGAGAGAUCAUUCAAGAGAAUAAACUGGAACAUGUCGCAGUAG